ACCCAAUCGCCGAUUUGCCGUCGUCUCCAAGGCUCUCCUCCCCCUCAAAUACCCCUCCUCCUCCCUUCCCCUUCAUCUCGCCGCCGCCGCCUCACUCGUCUCGUGCCCCCCACCGCAUCUCCCCGCAAACGGAGGACUCGGGAACCCUAGGUUUACUCCCCCGCCGCCCUAUGUCCUCCUCCGAUCGCCGCCGCGGCGGCAACGGCGGCGGCGGCGGAGGCCCCGUCGCGGUGCCUUCUUCCCGCGCCGUAUGGCGACCCCGCUCUACCGCCCCUGAUAUUCCCCCACCGCCCCGCGCCGCCGCCCCCGCACCCGAUCGCAUCGGCCCGAUCCUGCCCUCCCCCAAUCCGGCCUCGGAGGAUCGACCGCAGCAGCAGCAACGUCGCCCGCGCCGGAGGAAUCAUGGGGGUGGCGGCCAGCGCCGCGGCCCGCCGCAGGAGAGGCCUUCCGCUGCGCCGCCCCCGCCGCCGCCGCAGCAGCAGCAGCGGCAGCAGCAUGCGGCGCCCGCUCCGACCCGUGCCGCCGCGCCUGCGCCUGCGCGUGUGGCGGCGACGAAGGCGGCGGCGGGGGGAGAUGGGGCGGUGCCGCAGCUGGUGCAGGAGAUCCAGGACAAGCUGGCGAGGGGGGCGGUGGAGUGCAUGAUCUGCUACGACAUGGUGCGGCGGUCGGCGCCGGUGUGGUCCUGCGGCAGCUGCUUCUCCAUCUUCCACCUCCCCUGCAUCCGCAAGUGGGCGCGCUCCCCGGCGUCCGCCGCCGACGCGUCCGACCCGGACUCCUCCUGGCGCUGCCCCGGGUGCCAGUCCGUGCACGCCGUCCCCGCGCGCGAGCUCGCCUACACCUGCUUCUGCGGGCGCCGCCGCGAGCCACCCAACGAUCUCUUCCUCACGCCGCACUCCUGCGGCGAGCCCUGCUCCAAGCCCCUCGAGAAGGCUGACCCUGCCGUGAAGGCCGACGACGCUGCAGCCACCAGGUGCCCCCAUGUGUGCGUCCUGCAGUGCCACCCAGGGCCCUGCCCGCCUUGCAAAGCGUUCGCGCCGGACCGGCUGUGCCCAUGCGGCAAGCAGACCAUUGUGCGGCGGUGUGCGGACCGGACAACGCCUGUGACGUGCGGGCAGCGGUGUGAUCGGCUGCUCCCCUGCCGGAGGCACCGCUGCGAGAAGGUCUGCCACACUGGACCAUGCGGGGACUGUAAUGUUCUCAUUUCUGCCCGGUGUUUCUGUGGGAAGAAGACAGAGACAUUGCUGUGUGGAGAGAUGGAACUGAAAGGGAAUUUAUCUGAGAAGGAUGGAGUGUUCUCAUGCAGUGAGGCCUGCAGCCAUAUGCUGUCGUGCGGAAAUCAUGCCUGCCAAGACAUUUGCCACCCAGGGCCAUGCGGGGAGUGCGAACUUAUGCCAGGGAAGGUCACAGCAUGCCAUUGUGGGAAGACAAGGCUGCUGGAGAAGAGAGCAAGCUGCUUGGACCCGAUCCCAACCUGUGACAAGGUGUGCGACAAGAAGCUGCCUUGUGGUGUGCAUAGGUGCAAGGUCACAUGCCAUGAGGGAGACUGCCCACCUUGUGUGGUUCGUGUGGAACAGAGGUGCCGCUGUGGUUCAUCAGGCCAGAUGGUGGAGUGCUACAAGGUCUUGGAGGAAGAAUUCCGUUGCAACAAGCCUUGUGGGCGAAAGAAAAACUGUGGGAGGCACAGGUGUAGUGAGUGCUGUUGCCCACUUUCAAAGCCGCUCGCUCGGCUUGAAGGGGGUAAUUGGGAUCCCCAUCUCUGCCAGAUACCGUGUGGCAAGAAGCUCCGGUGUGGACAGCAUGGAUGCCAGCUUCUCUGCCAUAGUGGUCACUGCCCGCCCUGCCUUGAGACCAUAUUCAAUGAUCUGACUUGUGCCUGUGGUAGGACAUCCAUCCCUCCACCGCUUCCUUGCGGCACACCAACUCCAUCAUGCCCACACCAAUGCUUAGUUCCCCAGCCAUGUGGACAUCCGGCGACGCAUCAAUGCCAUUUUGGGGACUGCCCUCCUUGUGUUGUUCCAGUAAUGCGAGAAUGCAUUGGUGGACAUGUGGUGCUGAGGAACAUCCCUUGUGGUUCUAAGGAUAUCAGAUGCAACCAACCUUGUGGAAAGAACCGGCAAUGUGGAAUGCACGCUUGCAACAGGUCUUGCCAUCCUUCCCCUUGUGAUCCACCACCUGCAAAUGGAGAUGCUAGCUCAAGUACUGGUGGUAGAGCUUCAUGUGGACAGGUAUGUGGUGCCCCAAGGAGGGAAUGUAAGCACACUUGCACAGCUCCAUGCCACCCAUCAUCACCUUGCCCAGAUUUGAGAUGUGAAUUCCCUAUGACCAUUGCCUGCUCUUGUGGCCGUAUCACUGCAACUGUGCCAUGCAGUGCUGGGGGAACCGCCAAUGGCGAUAAUAUGUUUGAAGUAUCCAUCAUACAGAAGCUGCCAAUGCCACUCCAGCCGGUGGAAUCUGAUGGGAGGAGGGUACCACUUGGGCAGAGGAAGCUCUCUUGUGAUGAGGACUGUGCCAAGAUGGAGAGGAAGAGGGUCCUUGCUGAAGCAUUUGACAUCACUCCACCCAAUUUGGAUGCAUUGCAUUUUGGUGAGAACUCAAAUGCAUCGGAUUUGCUUUCUGACCUUUUCCGCCGUGAGCCAAAAUGGGUGAUGGCCAUAGAGGAGAGGUGCAAGUUCCUUGUACUUGGGAAGACAAGAGGCAAUUCUUCAGGCAACCUCAAGGUCCAUGUCUUCUGUCACAUGACAAAGGAUAAGAGAGAUGCUAUCAGGGUCAUUGCCGACAGGUGGAAGCUUUCUGUUCAGGCUGCUGGUUGGGAACCCAAACGUUUCAUUACUAUCCAUCCCACACCGAAGUCAAAGGCGCCUGCUCGCAUCCUGGGUUCCAAGCCAGGUGUAUUUGUUGCUGCUUCCCAUCCUUUCUUUGAUCCCUUGGUGGACAUGGACCCAAGGCUUGUUGUUGCAAUGCUGGACCUGCCCCGGGAUGCUGAUGUUAGCGCUCUGGUUUUAAGGUUUGGCGGGGAGUGUGAAUUGGUUUGGCUGAAUGACAAGAAUGCUGUGGCUGUCUUCAAUGAUCCAGCUAGAGCAGCGACAGCUCUGAGGCGGCUGGAUUAUGGUUCUGCUUACCAGGGUGCUGCUGUGUUUUUGCCAAGCAGCAGCGCUCAGCCAGGCAAUGUCUGGGUUGCAGGGCAGAAAGAUGGAGUGGCGGCUACCAAGAGCAGUGCCAAUCCAUGGAAGAAGGCCACUGCCUCUGAGCCUGAUCCAUCCUCAGGAGACUGGACAGGUGUGCUUGGUCAAGCUCCAGGAUCAGUAUGGAGGCGUGGCGGUGACACUGUCGCCCAAGUCAUGGGGACAUCGAACCGCUGGAACGCCCUGGAGUCCGAUGCGGCCACAAGCUCCAGGCCAGUCGAGGAGAGUAAGCCUGCUCCUCGCACCGAUGCUGUAUCCAGCGCAGGGCCAAGUACUGCGCCACCGGUUAGUAAGAUGCAGCCUGAAGUCGAAGUGGAUGAUUGGGAAGAAGCUUGUGAAUGAGUCAUCAGGAAGCUCGGUUUCAGAUGGUUUACCUCCAUUCAGAUCCUUUUUUGGUCGAAUUUUAUUUGCUAGUACCAAAUGUAUCCUCACACUUUUAUGUGGUUCCUGAUGAAGGCCCGCUGACUGAUCUGUUGUGAGCACACUGAUCUUGUCAUGCCGGCAUCCCUGUAACGCUGCUGCUUCUUUUGCAGUCGUCCGUUCGAACUGAGGAAAAAAAUACGUCGUAGAUUGCCGACCUCUGCUUGCUCUGUAGUAGUCUGUUGUCUGAAAUGGUUCCUUGUGUCGUAGUCCUACAAGAGUUGCAUGCGCUGUUUAUCUAUAAUUCUAUAUAGUUGGGUACCUGGUAUUGUUCAGAUAAAAUGUGAGAAGUAACACGCGAUUAUCUAUAUAGGUGGUGUAUGUUAUUAUUGUUGA